AGUGGAGAGUGUAGAACCAGGCGGAGCCGCUCCAGUGUUUGACAGCGUCUCGCUGUAGCUGUGGUCACAUGACAGCAACACAGCUCAUCUGUUGUCUCGCCGGCUGAGCUCAUGACACAGUCGAUAUGAUACGUUUCGUGUUUCACAUUCUUUUACCUUCAUGCUGCCUCAACGAAGUAUCUUUCACAAGGUUCAAGUUCAGUAAAGAGACAAACUCUCGCUGAGCUUCAUCAUCAUUUUCAUCAUCUCUCUUCAUCGCUCUGCAGUGUAAUCCAUUCUAAGCAUCAGUAACUCUUCAGGUUUCGUGGACACCAUGGCUCAUUGAGAUCAUUUUACCGACUUAAUAUUUCCCUCAGCACUCGAGUGCCAUGCAGCGUCCAAAGGGCUACUCCAUCAACUCGGCCCCUUCGGAGGAGAGGGAGGACGGUGAACCCCUCAUCGAGAAUGAUGCAGUCCCUCCCCGGUGCUGCUCGGCUCGCUUCAACCUGGCCUUCCUGAUGUUCCUCGGGUUCUCUGUGGUCUACGGUCUCCGUGUCAACCUCAGUGUUGCCAUGGUAGCCAUGGUGAAUACCACUGACCCCAGACCAGCUCAGAACAGCUCCGUAAUCAGUGCCUGUCCACUGCCAGCAGGGUCGGGAAACACUAGUGACCCUUUCCUACAACCUGAGGGGAUCCCCCAGUACCCGUGGGACUCGGAGACUCAGGGCUGGCUGCUGGGAGCCUUCUUCUUCGGCUACUUGUGCACACAGAUCCCAGGAGGCUACCUGUCCGGUCACUACGGGGGGAGUAUCUUCCUGGGUUUGGGUGUGCUGGGCACUGCUGCCCUCACGCUGCUCACCCCUCUGGCUGCCAGGAUGGGGUCAUACUGGCUGUUUGCACUACGAGCACUGGAGGGCUUUGGGGAGGGUGUUACGUUCCCGGCCAUGAUGUCCAUGUGGGCUCGGUGGGCUCCUCCUAUGGAGCGCUCUCGCCUGAUGACCCUGUCGGGAUCCGGGGCCAACUUUGGGGCCUUUGUGGCACUGCCGUUCACCGGCUACAUCUGCCAAACCUUAGGCUGGCCGGCUGUCUUCUACCUCUGUGGCGGUGCUGGUUGCCUCUGGGCAGUCUUUUGGUUUAUUUUUGUAUCAGAUGACCCUCGCACCCACCGUCGAAUCAGCAAAGAGGAGAGAGAUUACAUCAUAAACUCCAUCGGACCUCAGGGUACAGGUCACGGCUGGUCCUUGCCCCUGCUGCCCAUGCUGCUGUCGGUCCCUCUGUGGGCCAUCAUCGUCACCCAGAUGUGUUCAAACUUUUCCUACUACACCCUGCUCACCUCGCUGCCCACCUACAUGGACAACAUCCUGCACUUUGACCUCAAAUCGAAUGGUUUCCUCUCUGCUCUGCCGUACCUCGGUGCCUGGUUGGUCUCGAUGCUGUCGGGUGUCGUGGCGGACAGCCUCAUCGAGAGGAAGGUGUUCGGCACCACCGUCGUACGCAAGCUCUUCACACUCGUAGGUGUGUUGCCAUCGGCAGUUUUCCUCGUGGCUGUGAAUUACGUCGGCUGCAGCCACAUCCUCACCGUCACUUUCCUCACACUCUCCACAACCAUAGGAGGGGUCACCGCCCCCGGAGUCUACAUAAACCAAAUAGACAUCGCUCCUCGGUAUGCAGGAUUCCUUCUGGGAAUCACCAACACAUUCGGGACCAUUCCUGGAGUCCUGGCACCCAUUGUUACAGGAUACUUUACUGAGGAUCACACCCUGGCUGGCUGGAGUAAGGUGUUCUGGUUGGCAGCUGGGGUCAACGUCUUCGGCGCUCUCGUCUACACGAUAUUCGGCAGCGGGAAGCUCCAGCCGUGGGCCGUCACCGAGGAGGAGAGAGCAGAAGAUGAGAAAGACAGGAGCGGGUCCAUCUCCACAUGAAACAUGUUACAGAAAUAUUCCACCAACAAACACCAACAAAAGUGUCCGAUGUAGUACAGCUUUAAAAGACAGUUGGAUAUAUUUUAACCCAGAAAAAGAGCUUUAGAGUACUACCUCUGUAUAUUGGUGUAUAAAUUACAGAAAUAUAUGUAGUAUUCACACUUAAUAUUCACACAAAUAUGAAGUGUGUGACAGGUGUACAUACAAUAGUCUCUGCCAAGCACAGCAUAUCAUUUAUAUCAGUGGACCAGGAUAGUUCGAUCAGGAAUAAUUGAAAAUGUUUUAUCAAUAAUAUCUGUAUAUAUAGUGUAUACUCAGGUGAGCGUUUGAACUGAUUUGAACUUCCAGCAAAGAGAUUAUAGAGCAGUUUUAUACAUUGAAAUCUCAUUUUAGGCACAUUUUUAAAGUAGGAAAAAACACCUCCGCUGGAUAUUCACUGCCUUCACCAAUCAGGAGACUGUGACUAUGUUUACUGUUUUUAGUGUUGUAGAAGUUCACUGAAGCACAAUUUAAGGUACAACUCUUUGUAUUAGAUGAAUAUUUACAUUAUAACCAGUGAUAUUUGCAUUGUGUAAUACAUGCAGGGUUCCUACACAUUUUCCAUUUCAAAAUUUCCAGACUUUUCCAGACUCAAGUUUCCACAAUUUUCCGUUGAUUUCUCAAACCAUAUUUGACCAAAGUUGGCAUCCAUCUUUCUUUUCCCAUUUGGAAUCCUUAGCAAACCAGACUUUAUAUUUGGGACUUUCCAGCCAGCCCAUUACCCAUUGUGGCCGUUGAGUCCAAACUCCUACGCAGAAAGUUGGACAACGUUCCACUUUCAGAAUUCAGUUCUGUCCUCCCAAAAUAUUGGUAGAGACAAAUCUGAGAAUUAUCAAUACCAGAUUUAAAGUAUUAGACUCUGACAGGCAGCGCUCCGCUCUGUGCUAUCUGCAGCUGUGAGGGCCAGGCUUACCCAUGCUGGGGUUGUACAUUUAAACUGGUUAAAACUCAAUAAAUAUCUUUAUAAAAAAUAAAAAGAAAGACUGGCCCUCACAAGACCGGCCGACCAGGAAAAUACCAGAGCUUCCCAAUGGCCAGUCUGCCCUGGCUCUGCGUAGGAGUGUCCGCUCAGUUGCACGCCAUACUUCUGGCUUUCGACGACAUCAAGCUCGCUCUGGCUCCAGUUCCCUUUAUACAUUCAUGUCUGACCCGCGAUCUCUCACACAGUCGUAAACAUUUUGGAUGCACUGACUGCUCCAAACACCAUGAAAAACACGCUGCUUGUAGGAUCAAUUUAUUUUUAGAAAUUCAGAAUUUUAUAUUUUAUAUUUUAUAUUUUUUCUUUUUUCCAUAUUUAUUCAGACCUUGAAAUUACUCAAAUCAAAUUCCAUACUUUUCCAUGCUGCGUAGGAACCCUGUACAUGGCCUAUACAGCACCUCAGACCAAAACAAAUCCAUUUCUGUGAUCUUUUUUGUAUGUUUUUAAGUAUUUCUUGAUCUGUGAACGAGAUGGGACCGUGGGUUUUAUACUAUACCACAGGAAGUGUCAUCAACCACUUGAAGUUAAGCUGCUUUGUUUACGGCUGUGUCUGUUUUCUGACCACUUCUAGACUGUCCUGCAGGACCAAAAGAAGCACUUUUCUCAUACAAAAAUUAGAAUUGUUCCGAUACCAUUAUUGGAAAUGCGUCCGACACUGUGCACCGAUCCGAUACCAUCAUUUAUUAACCCAGAAGAAAGUCAGCUUGUUUAACCGGAAAUCAAUUCUUCUUCACCGCUCCAAAACAGCAGCCUCCACUGUGCCUUCGCCCCGGAUGUAUCAUGGCUGUCCACUAUCCAUACAUGGUCGAUACGAUACUGCAAGUUCAUGUGUCGGAAUCGGUAUCGGGAAGGAAAAAAUGGUAUCGGAACAUCUCUAACAAAAAUACACCAAAAGCCUUAUAUCUGAUAACAGUGGCAAUAUUAUGCUAAAUAAUCUUUCAAGAUGUUUUUUUUAUCAAAUAUAUAGAAAGCUGUUUUUUUUUGUUUCAUCCAGAAAAUGAAAGCUCAGUAUUUCAAUAUUUUUUAGUAAAAUUCCAUGAACUAUGACUUAAUUUUUGAGGUAUGUUUCUAAGAAAUAUGUGGAUUUGCUGUGUUUUUAAUCUCUCAUCAUUCUUUUUAUAGAAAACAGGACUCAACCAUUUUUCGUCAACUCUUACCGUAUGUCAAAAUGCUCUGUGAUUGUAAAGAUAGGACGUUUUUUAACGGAUGCAAUAAUUUAUUUACCUUCUCUGUGCUUUGAAAAUGUGAGGUUGUACAAAUUUGUUAUAUAUGUUUUACUUUAUAUUUUAUUGUGAAAAGAAUCAAGUUUGUUUUACUGAGCAAAACUAAAAAGCUGUGGCCUCUGA